AAUGCGCAUCAUACGAUAAAUGACGCCCACUGGCAAACUAGCACCCACACCACCACCCCCUGCCACCACAAACCUAUAGCUUUUUUCAAACCACCCUCCCUAACCCCCGCAUUCCCAUCAAUUUUGGGUUGGCGUCGCCUGUUUUGACAGUUGACGUUUUGCCGGCAAAUUUUUCAGAAAAAAAAAGAAUACCCCGAGAGAGAAAUGCCAAGCGAAGAGAGAGCUUAAGUCCCAACAAAUGAUGACGCAACAGAGGCCUAAGAGAGUCAGCCCCCACAGUGACAUAAUAUUCGAGUAUAGCAUUCGCUCUUUAGCCAGCAAAGAGAACACGUCGACUUUUCGCUCUAAGCAAGCGUCUGACUUUUCACACAUUCAGUCGCUGUUGAACAGCGGCCGUGGCAAGUUCAGACGUUUUUAAAAAGCAGCCCGAAAAAAUACAAAAAAGUCAAAUAAUAAAGAAGAAAAAAAAUAUAGCAAAAAAAAAAAAUGAAAUAAUAAAAAAGGCAAAUAAAAAAGCAACAAAGUGGAGCGCACCCCAUAAGCAAAUCAUCGCCGAGCCACUCGAACACGUUGCCGCCGCCGCCGCCGCUGCUGCUGUCUCUUUCGGCCAGUGCUCCUCCUCUCUCUCUCUCUGUCGCGUCGCGUAACGUAAGCGUAUAUUACAAAACAAACGCCAACGUAAUCAAAGAAAUAAAUACAAACCAAAUAAAAAGGCGCUCGUUUCGCGUGUUUUUGCAGUGUAAAUAAAUAAUCUAAAUAAAUUAGUCACAAAGAAAUUGAAAGGGGGUCUAAGUGCAACCCCCAAUCCCCCAAAUAGCCGCACACCCUUUUCACAAAAAAAAAGAAAAAGAAGAAAUUAACCCGUGUGUGCGGCGGGGUUACGUAAAGCCGACGGACAAGCGCCGUUCCAAGUUCUUACAAAACAAAAAAAAAAAUAAAUAUCAAGCAAAAACAACAACAACAACAACAACAACACAUAACACGAGAGAAUAUAUUCCCCGAAUUCGUUUUUUCGCACGCGUGUGGCUAUAAAUUUUUGGCAAACAACAACAACAAAAAUAUAUACAAAAAAAAUAUACAACAAAAAAUUUGAAAUAAAUUGGAAGAAUAAGAAGAAGAGGGAGAAUUUCGAGAUUGUCAGUGACUGUGUGUGUGUGUGUGUGUGAUUCUCGAGCAACAGCCCACCCCGCACCAUCCCGCAAAAAAAACCGCCCCUUUUUUGGGGAAAAACAAGGAGGCGCGGUUCAACAGCGACAGAUGCCUCGCUGCUGCUGUUGUCAAAACUUCUUCUUCAUUUCGACUAAAACAGCCAAGAGUAGAGCACGCAAAAGAUUAAUUGAUGGCGAAUGAAGUGAAGAAAUAAAAUUCAAAUGAAAUUAAAUUAAAUAAAAGAAAUCCACAAGUGCAAAGUGAACGAAAGUGUAGUGCAGUGAUGUGAGAUAUAGAUAUUGUAUCUGCCAGAUAGAUUUACCCAACUUGUUGCAUACGUGACUGCAGGCAGCUACGAAAAAUAAAAAAUAAAAAUAAAUCUAAAUCGUGGGGAAUCUGAUCGGUUAUAUAGAGUGAUGCCUCUGUCGCAGGGCUAUUGCCUGAAGCCCUCGCUGCGGGCGAUGAAGGUGCUACGGCAGGAGCAGCAGGAUCAGGGUCAUCACAUGCCACCCAGCAGUCCGUUACAGUGUUACCUGCCACACAACGACAGCCAGAAAUCGUUGCAUUAUCUAUUAGCCGAAUCCUUUGCCAAGGUGGGCAGCUUUUCGGAAGCCAUCGAUGUUUAUGAAUUGAUAGCCAGCCGUCAGUAUGAUGGUCAUGUUCCGCUGGACAAACUGAAUACCCUGGCCAGUGCUUUGACCACCCACAUACGGCAAUUGGGCGGCAUUGCCACGCCCACGGUGAAGAGUCCGAGAAUAUCGGAAAGACUGGACAUGAUGCCCUGGUCAAGGUAUCACCAUCAGGGCAAACAGAAUCAAGCAGAACAAGAGGAAUUCCUGAGAGGAGUUGGUGAUGCAACGGGGGAGUCCAGUGAGAGUCCCUUGGAUCUGCAUUCACCCACGCGAGAACUGAGAGUUCCCAGUCCCAUGCAGGAUCUGGAGGAAUUCGAUCCGCUGUUGUGCCCGCUCUGCUGCGAUAUCCUGCGUUGUCCCGUGACCACCAACUGCGGUCACACCUUUUGCCGUCAGUGCUGUGAGACGAUCACGCAGUGCAAUAUCUGCCAAGUGAGAUUUCCACGGCUCCAUGAUUCCUCGCCAGGUCCGCCCGGGGCACCAGUCUGUACUGCCCUAACCACAACGACAGCGAGUGGUGCCGCCUCCAGCUUUUUCACAGCACCCUCCAAUCACAAUGCGAACCUCAGCCUGAUGAGUUUCCCCAUGGGCUAUGGCGUUCAAUUGGCGUCCAGUGUCCAGCAAUUGGUUGCCUCACCCAUGACAGUGACUACGACCACAGUGGCUUCCACAACGGCUACGGCUACUACCACCAUGGCAUCCACUUCGGCGGCAGCUGCUCUGGGUUUGAGUGUGUAUCCUUCGGGAGGCAGUGCGUCCACGGCAAAGAAGUUCAUGCCGGAUGUUCUGGUUCGUCGGUUGGUCGAGAAGUACUGGGGUCCCGAUCUGCAGGCCAAGAAGAUCAGCGAGAAGGCCAGCAGCUGCAUGCACCUCAAUCUGCUCGAUGACGCACUCAAGUUCUGCAAUGCCAGCUUGGAGAAAGCGCCAGCAAAUUUCAAGAGUCUCUGCCUGCGUGCCGAAGUUCUUCUAAAACUGAGCCAUUAUCAAAGUUCCCUGGCGGACAUUGAGAGUGCCUUGAGAACGCGUUGCACUUCACCCAAGGCCCACUAUCUGAGAGCCUUGGCUUUGAGCGGUCUUGGCCGUUUGGAGGAGGCUUUGUACAACGGCUUUUUGGCCAUUUGCCUUGAUAAGAAAACAAAUCUCAGCAACUCGGAAAUAUUUCAACAUGAUCUCGCCAAGAUUCUCCAACGUCUCCUGGUCCAAAUGCCUAAAAAUCGAUCAUCGAUCAGCACCACAGCGCCACCUGUUUUUCAGCAGCAGCAUCGGCCUUUUGCCACCUCCAGGGCGCCGUAUCUACAACUUUGGCGGAGACGAAGGAAACAGCAACACCACCACCAUCCCCAUCAUCACCACCAUCACCAUGUCCGUCUGGACGAUGUGGAAGAUGAGUUUGGUCAUUAUGAUAACUACAUAAUGGCCGGCGAUGAUAUGGAGGAGGAGGAAGUGGAAGUAGAGGUGGACGGCGGGGAGCCUGGAUCCCUGCAUCUGGAUGGGGAUUUCUUGUUCCCCAGUGCUUUGGACUUUAUGGAUCACCAUCGUCAUCAGCGGCAUGUCUUCGAGCAGAAGCAGUUUGAUCUGCAGCCACGUCGUCAUGCCAAUCGGAAGCCCGGCAAACGGAAAUGGUCAGCGGCCAUGGAACCUCUAAGUGGCAAGGUCAUUGAGGAGGAGGAUGUGAAUCUUUCCGAGGCGACUGGGGAAAGUCGGCGAUGCAGUCGAUUAUUCGCCAGUGUUUUGGAGCGGACGCAGCAGGAACUGCAGCGAUUAAGAAAGCUGGAAGGAUCGGCUCCAUCGCUGGCGGUGAGCUCGGUGCCCGGGCAACUGAUCGAUGCCAGUGAUUUUGACUGCGUCGUUUGCAGCCGGACUCUGUGGAAGCCGGUGGUGACACCAUGUGGACACACGUACUGCCUGGUAUGCUUGGAUCGUUGCAUGGAUUACAACUCCCCGUGUCCAUUGUGCAUGUCACCACUUGUGGAGUUCAAUGUCAAUGCCAGUGCCAGUGCCAGUCAGAAUCAGAAUACGAAUCCGAAUCAGAAUCAGAUCCACCUGCAUCCGGGCUCAUCCUCGCCAGUUCCUUUUGCGCUGGCCAAGCGGCCAGUGACAAAGUUCCUAGAAGCCGCAAUGAAACGAUUCAUUCCAGACCACUACGAGGCACGUUUCCGUCAGGAGAUCGACCAGGAGCCCUCGGUGCCGGUGUUCAUUUGUACGGCAGCCUUUCCAGCAGUUCCAUGUCCGCUGUUCGUGUGUGAACCACGUUAUCGUCUGAUGGUGAGACGGGCCGUUGAAUCCGGAGACAAGACCUUCGGCAUUGUUCAGCCAAAUGGCGGCAAGUCGCGCUACUAUGAUGUGGGCACCAUUCUGGACAUCCGGGACUGCGUUCAGCUGGGCGAUGGCUGCUCCAUCCUGAGUACCAUUGGCUGUAAACGCUUCAAGAUCCUGGCACGCAACGAGAAGGAUGGCUAUGAGACGGCCAAGGUGGAGUAUAUCUGCGACGAACCCAUUGCCGAUGAGCAGGUGAAGAUCCUGGCUGGCAUGCAGGGUGUGGUCUUGGCCAAGGCCAGUGGCUGGUUCGAGAGUCUGAGUACGGAACAGAAACACGAGAUCCUGCAGAGCUAUGGCCAAAUGCCGCCAUUGGAGCCAAAUUGGGAGCUGAUCAGCGAUGGACCGGCGUGGGCGUGGUGGGUGAUAGCCCUGCUGCCUCUCUCCCAGCAGCUAAAGGUUGAUAUCUUGGCCACCACCUCGCUGGAAAAGCGGUUGCGCGCCAUCGACAAGACCCUGGACUGGCUGCAUGAUCUGAGCCACCCUCAGCAGCCGCCGCACCACCAGCAGGCUCCGCAAUCGCCGCAGCAGGCUCAUCAUCUCGAUCUCGACUACGAGGAGCAGGAGGCCGCUUCAUCCGGUUCAGAUGAGUGCUGCCUCUUUGCGGAAACCGGAAACGAGCCGCAUACGGAUGAGGAACUGCUCCUGUAAAAUGCCUACCAGAUCAUUCUGAACCUGAAAAAUGAUGAAAAGCAAAGAAAAUGAGAGAAAUUAUAAGUCAGAUAUCUGCGUGAAAAACAGUUCUUUUUGUAAAUUCUGUGUCUAAGCCAUUUCGUUUGUAAUCGAACGUUACAUGUUAAUCCUAGGGGCCAAAACCGAAAGCGAAGCAACUUUAGCAGAACCAAAAUUAUCACUAGAUCAGCAACAUAAUCUUUAGCUCUAACCGAUAACCAACUAUGUGUGUGUCUGUAUGUAAUAGUGUAUAUUGUAAAUGUGUGUGUAAAAAACAAAAAAAACAAGUAGAGAGCAAGCCAGAGAUAUUUGUUUAGGAGCAGUAAAAAUAUUAAAAUAAAACCCAAACACCAGUGAAACAAUCAAAAAACUUGCUUUUGGCUCAAGCCCUUCUUGCCCAAAUACCCAUAAAUGUUAACUUGAUUUCCCUAGAUCGACAACAACCACAUUCCACAAAUCUUGAAAAUAUAUAGAAAAAAAAAAGAAUAGGAAAAGCGAUGAGCAAGAAAAGAAAUAAGGAAAACUCUGACAAACAAAACUCAUGGUUUCUACAAACAAAAUACACAAAUUUUUGAACAUAAAAAACAAUUUUAAAAAUUACUAAUAACUAAAUACCAAGUCAAAGGCCAACAAACAUACACUUAGCAAAGAAACAAAACAAAAUAUAAAAUCGGUUAGGAAAAAGAGCCAAGAAAAGGAACUCUUACAAAAAGUUGAACUUCUCUUCAUUUACUUUGUAUAAAGCGGCUGGAACUCUAAGACAAUCUGCAAUAUUUUUUUGAUAUACCUAAACGAAACUAAAAACUAAAACUAAAAACUAAAAACUAUAUACAAGAAGUAAUUAAAACAAAAACUGAACUAGCAACUAGUUAUGAAAGAAAGUGAAUGGGAGUUUAAAUUACCUUUCUGUUGAUUAAUACCCGUUUCACUAGUCUAACCUGUGACCCCUCUCUAUAACACACCCCCUACUAUCUCUCUCUCUUGAUUAUGCUUAGGCUAAACUAAAUGAUAUGCUCACCUAUAUAAUCCUAUAUAUAAAAUUCUAUAUGCUGAAUGCUUGUUUCUGUAUUCGUAUCUGUAUCUGUAUCUGUAUCUGUAUCUUCAGCCCGCAUUCCUAUUUAAGAGAUAUAUAACUUUGAUAUAACUUCGAACCAUUAGCUAGAACUUUCUUUCUUUCUUUCUCUAACUUCUAAGCCUCACGCUCAUUUUGUUUAUAGUUUUUAUCGUAACCUUUCAAGCUCUCCCUAUAAAGCAAAUCAAUUUUAAAAACAACAAUUUGCUUUAUUCGACGGCACAUCUUUAUCUUUAUCUUUAUCUUUAUCUUUAGCUUUGUAAAUAUAUCUUUUAUCGGAUAAUCCUUAAAUUAUAUGUAUAUCUUCUACGUUUUAGCUAUAGAACACGAAUUUAAUUUUCAGCUCAACACAAAAGAUAAACAAUAAUAAAUCAACAAACAACUUUUGUCAACUAAAUAUUUAUGUAAUUUUUUAUAUAAAAUAUACACAUACGUCUAAAUUAAAUCAUUUUGUAUUUAAGUUUAGGAACUAAACAACAAAAAACACACACAAAUAAAUCCCUAAAAAUUUGACAUCAGUUUUUUGUGUCUACUUUGUAAUGGAGAACUUAUUAUGUAAAAUCAAUAUGAAAAAAUAUAAAUUUAAAAAUUUCUUAAAUUCUUAAGAUUUCAAAAUCAAAUCAGCAAAACAUUUUUUCUCUGCGUUUUUUGUGCUAAAACAGAUUUUUUACUGGUACUUCUUAAUUUAAUAACGAUGUAAAAUAAAGAGGAAAACAAUUGAAAUAUAAAAUAAAUGUGAAACAUAA